AUGGAGAACGGAAGCCCGGUACAAUCUAGAAUACAGGGAUCGCGCAUCCCUGGGCUCAAGGAGAUGAACCCGUCCGGAACGAACUCUCGAUCGAGGCUGCCGCAGCCCGGCGCAAUUGCGAGCAAACCCACCGCGGUACCGCAAUCCUCUCGCACGAGGAGUACCACCGAGAGCGCGAGGGCAGGCGCAGGCACGCCGUCCGCAUCGAAAUCCGUCAAUGGAACGACAAAAGCUCACGGGCGCGCAAACUCCUACGCUUCAUCCACCUUGACCCGGUCGACUUCAGCGGCGUCGCGAUCUAGAGGUCCGCUUUCCUCGUCAACCAUGGGGCGCCCUAAUUCCUCCAUGAGCACUUCCCGCCGACCGAACGGACACUCAAUUCCCCGUCCCGCAACAUCUCUGGAUACCCAUGAGGAAGAAAACUCCCGCAGAGUACUUGGCAAACGCGGCGAGUGGGAUCAAGACGCACGGGAACAGAACAUGGAGUAUCUCUUGAGCAGUUUCGUCUCUCAAUUGAACCAGCAUGGCCAAGCGAGCUCGGGUCUCAAGGAGGCAGUCGAGGUGUACAAAUUAAGAGUUGGCGAAUUGGAAGAUUCAAAGAAGGAACUGACCGAGCGAAACCUGGAACUCCGUGUGGAGGUCGAAUCUAUCAAAUCGCGCAUCGGAGCGGUAGAGGAUACCUUCAAACACGCGCAGCGUGAGCAUGAAAUUGCAAUGGAAGAGCUUAUCUCCCGCCAGCGCACCGAACUCGAGACGGCCAGAUAUGAUGGCCAAAGGCGGCUGGACACGCUCAAUGCACAGCACGAAUCCGAGAUUAAUGAGCUAACACGCCGUUUUGAGCAUAAGUUGGACGACGAGAAGUCCAACCGUCUUCGCGAGAUGAACCAGGUUCAUUCUCAGACUGCUCUUGAUGCGCAACUAUCACAGAUUGAACUUGACAAGAAAGUGAAGGAACUUGCCUCCGCGCAAGAUGACCUCCAAGCUUUGCGAACCGAGCUUGAGCGAGAACGAAAGAAUACCAACAACCUCCGACAUAACUUGGAUACAUCCAGCGCCAACAGUGUGACCUUGGAGUCGACCAUCAGUGCGCUGAAGGCGCGAAUCGAGUUCCUGGAAUCCGGAAGGGAGGAGCAAUCCGAAGCCUUUGAGCGAUUGAACCAGCAGAUGAUGGAUGCUGCGGCUGAAACCAAUGCCGCCAAAGAAAAACUCAGAAGAGAAGAAACAUUAAGGCGGAAAUUACACAACCAGGUGCAGGAACUCAAGGGCAACAUCCGGGUUUUCUGCCGCGUUCGUCCCACUCUAGGGAUCGAAGAUGCAUCGGAAGUGGCGCAGUUUACCUACCCUGACGAGACGGAAGAUUCCAAGGAGAUCAAUAUUAUCGGCCCCGAGGAGAAGAGCAGUCUUGGUGCUGUGACGAGAAAGAACCACAAUUUCUCGUACGACCACGUGUUUGGCCCAGCAUCGCAAAACAGCGACGUAUUCGAUGAAAUCAGCCAGCUUGUGCAGAGCGCACUGGAUGGAUACAAUGUUUGUAUAUUCUGCUAUGGCCAGACCGGCAGUGGCAAGACUCACACCAUGUCGUCGUUGGAUGGUAUGAUCCCCAGGGCAGUGCACCAAAUUUACGAGACGGCUACAGGCCUCGAGGAAAAGGGCUGGAGAUAUAAGAUGGAAGGCAAUUUCGUUGAAGUUUACAACGAGAACCUGAACGAUUUACUGGGUAGAGCAGAAGAGCUGGACAAGAAAAAGCUUGAAAUCCGCCACGACAUGCAGAGGGGGAAAACCAUCAUCACCGACGUUACCACCGUCGAACUGGAAUCUCCCGAGAUGGUUGAGUCCAUUCUCAAGAGAGCGGCAGCCAAUCGCUCAGUAGCUGCUACGAAGGCUAACGAGCGUUCUUCCCGCUCCCACUCGGUCUUCAUCCUCAAACUGAUUGGCGAGAACUAUAUUACCGGCGAACGCAGUGAGGGAACGCUCAAUUUGGUGGACUUGGCUGGAAGUGAAAGACUAAGCCACAGUGGUGCGACUGGAGAGAGGCUAAGAGAGACGCAAAACAUCAACCGCAGCUUGAGCUGUCUGGGCGAUGUGAUUGCAGCUCUAGGACAAGGCAAGGAAGGGGGCCACAUUCCCUACCGGAACAGCAAGUUGACAUAUCUUCUUCAAUUCUCGCUGGGCGGGAACUCGAAGACGCUGAUGUUUGUCAUGGUCAGCCCACUGCACGCACACCUGUCCGAAACCCUGACCAGUCUCAAAUUCGCUACUAAGGUUCACAACACGCACAUUGGGACAGCGAAGCGACAGACCCGUGUUCGUGACACCUAA